AUGGUCCAGUCCUCGAUCACAGCAUGGCUGACGAAGCCUACUACAGCCAAGAGAGCAGAGGAGCCCGCAGUCGUCCAAAGUGACACGGUUCUCCUGCCAGCGCGGCAGGUGGAAGCGCCUGUCGCCUCACCCAGAAGUGUGUCCCUGGAGGCAUCCGCACCCUGCUCUGAAGUACAGACGUCUUUCGUGCCUAGAGCUUUCUCUCUUCCUCUGCUUCCCUCCAACGUGCUGUUUGUGCCGCUCACCGAGGAUCUCGUCCCCGACUUCAAGCGACUCAACGCCUUGAUGCUCCCUGUCCCAUACCCGCCGGCCUUCUACACCGAGUCGAUGACGGAACCUUACCAUGGGAUAACUCUCAUGGCUCUGUGGCGUCCUGACGGAUCGACUGAGCAACUCCGGAAUCCUCAGCAGCCCCGUCUCAUAGGCGCUAUACGCUGCCGACUAUUACCCUCAGCGAACCUCUACAUCUCCACACUCGGUCUUCUCGCGCCGUAUCGGUCACACGGCAUAGCUACGCAUCUCCUGCAUAGGAUCAUCGCGAAAGCAUCCAAAGAACAUGGAGUCAAAUGCGUGACUGCACAUGUAUGGGAGGCAAACGAGGAUGGAUUGGAAUGGUACAAAAAGAGAGGGUUUGAAAUCAUCGGGAAGGAGGAGGGAUACUACAGGAAGCUGAAGCCAUCUGGCGCAAUGCUUACGUACACGAUCACAUGUCUUGGGCCACAAUGCACUGAUUAUCCUCCUACAACUCUCCAUAUCCCAACCACUAUACCGUCCAUACCCGGAGGGAAUCCGCAGCCGACCACAACACCAAAACCGCAGUCAUCGACAAAGAAGACGAGCAGCACGAGCAAAUACACUCCCCCACUGUCAACGAGUAAAUACACGCCGCCACUAACAAGCAAAUACACUCCGCCGCCGACGAGCAAAUCUACGCCACCACCAGAGACUAAGCCCACAAAGACGCAGACAGAGGAGACUGGACCGAGCAGCACGAGAUGUCCUGUCCCUCUCUACUACCAGUGCGGGGGUUAUUACGACGGCAAAUCGUGGACGGGGUGCACGAAGUGCGUAUCCGGCGCUACAUGCAUUGAACAGAACGAUUUCUACUACCAAUGCGUUGCGGAUGAGUAAGGUGGAGAGAUGUAAUCGCGAGUACCUUGGUUUGCACUUCCCACCUCAACGAGCACGUUGCGCAGAUCUCAAGAUUUUCGCAAAAGUCGAACGUUCUCUCAAUAGAGAAGGAGAUUGACGAAAUCUUCAUGAUGCUCAAAUGUGUAAACAGCUGAAUAAGGCUGACUCGACAGAUUGAUUCCUUACAUAUGCGGUACAUACCUAGGUAGUGGGGCGCCCAAGAGCUACCCCUCCAAGGCCGGAUCGUCAUAACCACCCUCUAACCUCCGCCGAUCUCCGCAACUUUCUUCAAGUUACCUCUGGUCUUUACACCUGUUCGUGGCCCCAAUCACCCUACCCUUAUAAUAGUUGUCCCCCAA